AUGGUAAGCGUGAUGGAGAGCUAUAGUAAGCGUAAAAUCGAAGCUCAAUCUUCCAGUGGCCAUGGAAAAGUUGUUCUGAGGAGAGAAACUUGUGUUAUUUGUUUAGAGAAAACUUAUUCUCACAAGAUGGUUUCGCUUCAUCAUGAUUGGCAUCACUUCCGGUGUGUUUCUUGUGUAAAAAAGCAUGCAGAGGUGAAGCUACUUGAAGGACUUUUGCCUGAAUGUCCUCAUGAAGGAUGUAAAUCAAGUAUUAAGAUCGCGAAUUGCAAAAAGAUUUUAAGCCCCAAGUUGGUGACGUUGAUUGAAGAACGGCUGAAGGAAUCUCAGAUUCCUGUUCGGGAUAGAAUCUAUUGCCCAUACCCCAAGUGCUCUAAUUUGAUGUCAAAGGCAGAGGUCUUGAAGUAUACACGAAGCGUUACCUGGAAAUCGUAUUUAUAUUCCGGGUUCAGGAGAUGCUUGAAAUGUGACAAAGCCUUCUGUGUGUAUUGCAAAAUCCCCUGGCACGAUAGACUUACCUGUUCUGAGUACCAAAAGAAGCACCCUUAUUCGUGUUUUGAGGAAAGCAAGCUGAUCUCACUCGCAGAAAGGCAUUCAUGGCGACAAUGCAUCAAAUGUAGCCAUAUGAUUGAACUUUCUGCUGGUUGUUACCACAUAAAAUGCAGAUGUGGAUACCAAUUCUGUUAUGCUUGUGGAGUGGAAUGGAAGUAUGGUAAAGCUUAUUGUAGAUGUCCUGCCUGGAAUGAGAACCUGAUAAUUUACAGUUAG